AAGUGGGGUAAGUUGACGAAGCGGGUAAAAUGACGAAUGUCGAUAAAAUCAUUAUAACGUAAUAUAUUUCCAUUCGCAUAGGAAGCGCCAUCUCGUUAGUGUACCCUGAAGUAACUCAAAUAGUUUGGAAAGGCUUGGACGGCGUGCUUUUCUGUUAGAACUGAUUUGUGGAUUUCACGUGUGUCGGUAAACAUUUUUCGUACAGUGUUUUUAAGGUUUACAGUGUUCCAAAUUAAGAUGCCUCGAAUAUACCAAAGAAAGACAAACAGACGUGCGUGGGAUGAAAAUGCUAUGAUUGCGGCUGUGCAUGAAGUAUUAGAUGGAAAAUCUUGCAAUGGUGUGGCUUCUCUAUACGACAUCCCAGAACCGACUCUGCGCAGGUAUGUGAAAAAAAUGAAAAAUGAUCUGCAACUACCGAUGCAUGGAGGGAGAUAUUCUACUACGUUUAAUUUAAACCAGAGCCAGGCACUAGUAAAUUAUAUUACCUUGAUCGACAAAAGAGGUUUUGGAUUGACAGCCAUACAACUAAGGAAGUUAGCCUAUGACUUUGCUGAAGAACAAGGAAUAACACAUCGUUUUAACAAGGAACGGAAACUAGCAGGAAAGGAUUGGUUAUCUAAUUUCAUUAAAGAUAAUAAAAUAAGUCUAAGAACUGCUGAGGCCACUUCAGUUGCGCGUUUAAUGUCUUUUAACAAGCCCGCUGUCCAAAAGUUCUUUGACAUUCUACGCGAAGUUCUGGAAAAAUACAAAUUUAGUCCCGACAGAAUCUACAACGCCGACGAAAGUGGCCUGUCGUCUGUUCCGUGCAAACUACCAAAAGUUUUAAGUCCAGUCGGGACUAGAAGAGUAGCUAAAGCUGUUUCGGCCGAACGAGGCAAAAAUACUACUGUUGUGUGCGCAGUUAAUGCAGUUGGCAACUAUGUCCCUCCUUAUUUUAUAUUUGGUCGCAUUCGUAUGAAGGAAGAAUUACUCUAUGGUGCUCCAAUAGGUUCGGAUGGCACUGCACAAAAAAAUGGAUGGAUGUGCACUGAAAUUUUUGUUAAAUACUUACACCAUUUUUCCAAAUAUGCUCAUUCAUCGCCGGAAACCCCUGUUCUUCUUAUGGUAGACAAUCACUCUUCUCACAUAUCUUUACCUGCAAUCAACUAUUGUAGGCAAAAGGGGAUAAUCAUGAUUGGAUUCCCACCACAUACAACACACAGGUUACAACCGCUUGAUGUAUCAUUUUUUGGCCCGCUGAAGUCGUUUUUUAGCCGAGAAUGCGACAAUCAUCUCGUAAAUCACCCUGGGCAGCUAAUUGGGGACAAACAUAUUUGUCAGCUAUUUGGAAAAGCAUAUAAUAGGGCCGCAACGGUAUCAAAUGCUGUGAACGGCUUUAAAAAAUGCGGUCUUCAACCUUUUGACCCUUUUGUAUUUGGCGACGACGAUUUUGUAAUGGCUGAAACAACUGAAAGGGCACCGCAUCAACCACCCGUUUAUCAAAAUUCCGAUAAUGAAUCUGAUGAUGAUAUUCCUCUAAUAAAUUUUGUGAAACCCCAAAAGGAUAUUGAGAAAAAAUCAACAAUAAAUAUGACUUCAAAUUCCCCAACAAGUGAAAUAGUUUCAAGCACACCUCGUCAUUUCGAAAAAGUAACGCAAGUAAAAAGAAAUCUGUUUAGGGCGGAAAAUAAAGAAAAUGAGCCAAUUCCUGGAACGAGUCAAACCGAUAAUAAACUGAAUGAAGUGACACUUCAAAAAAUUCGACCUUUUCCAAAAGCCGAAAGGGGGGGAAAUUGUAAAAGGAAGAAGUUGACAGCUAGUGUAAUAACCAGUACACCCAUUAAAGAACAGUUGGAGGAUAAGGAAUAUCAGAUAAGACAAAGAGAAGAAAAGAAACGAAAAAUUAUAGAAAAAAAAAGUCAAAAAAUCCCUAAGAAGCUAAAAGAAUCAACAAUUGCUUCCAAAAAAGAGAAAGUAAUGCCACUGACCCCUCCCAAGAAAACUAAAGAAUCUAUUUUCUGCCCUGGUUGUGAUGAAUUAUACCAGGAUCCCCCAGUGGAGGACUGGAUUAGUUGCAGCAAUUGCCAGUAUUGGUGGCACGAAGCUUGCAGCAACUACAAUGGUGUAAGUGAGUUCGUUUGUGAUUACUGCUAAAUCCAUUAUGUUAGUCAACUUACCCCAUUAUGUUAGUCAUCUUACCCUUUAGUGGGGGUAAGAUGACAGAUUUGCAGUAUAUUAAAAAACAUGUUUUGUUCAGUUUAAAAUAAUUUGUUUAUUUUUAAAUAUAUGUGUUUUUUAUAGUAAAAUGUGUGUGUUAAUCAAAAUAGAAUACAACACUCUCGUAACUUGAAAAUUUAAAUAAAAAAAUCUAUAUUUUGCUUAACAUCGCCAACUUACCCCACUUU